CGAAAAACCCCAUCGUUGUCCCGAAUGCCAGAAAUGCUUCAGCCGUCGAUCCAACCUCCUCCGUCAUCAACGCCUGCACGGGAUGGAAAUUCCUUACGGGAAAAGCUUGAAGGCUGAGCCUAUCCCGCAUUCCCGGAGCCGCCCGGAUGAUAUUCCCUAUAUUUGUUCCGAAUGCGGGAAACGUUUCAGCGCUCGCUCCAAUCUUUUCCGUCAUCAACGCAUCCACACCGGAGAAAAACCCUAUAAAUGUCCCGAAUGCGGGAAAAGCUUCGGGCAAAGCUCGGAUCUCCUCCAGCAUCGUCGGACCCACACCGGAGAAAAACCCUUUUCCUGCUCUUUUUGCGGGAAAUCCUUUAACGAACGAUCCCAUCUCAUCCGACACCAAGGUCGGCAUACAGGGGAAAAACCCUACAAGUGUCCGGAAUGUGGGAAAAGCUUCGUACAAAGCUCCGAUCUCCUUAUCCAUCGGCGAUCCCACGCCGGCGAGACCCCCUAUACGUGCGCCGAGUGCGGGAAACGAUUCCGGGUCAGCUCCAGCUUGGUACGACAUCAAGGAUUACACACGGGAGAAAAACCCUAUAAAUGCGGGGAAUGCGGGAAAGGGUUCGGCGCUCGUUCCGUCCUCGUGAUCCAUCAGCGGCUCCAUACGGGAGAACGACCCUACGAGUGUCCGGCUUGCGGGAAACGUUUCGUUCAAAGCUCUAACCUCAGUCGGCAUCGACGGAUCCAUACGGGAGAGAAACCGUAUCCCUGUCCGGUUUGCGGGAAGAGGUUCAGCGUCCGUUCGAGCUUGGUCAAACAUCAGCAGCUCCACGAGGCGUCCCGNNNCUACGGAUGCUACGAGUGCGGGAAAGGUUUCGGCAGCAGUUCGGCUUUAUUAACCCAUCGCCGGAUCCAUACGGGCGAAAAACCCUAUAAGUGCCCCGAAUGCGGCGAUGGCUUCAAUCAAAAUUCGGCGUUAGCGGCUCAUCGGCGGAUCCAUACGGGCGAAAAACCCUAUAAGUGCCCCGAAUGCGGGAAAGGUUUCGGUCACGGUUCGACGUUGGUGGCUCAUCGGCGGAUCCAUACGGGCGAAAAACCCUAUAAGUGCCCCGAAUGCGGGAAAGGUUUCGGUCACGGUUCGACGUUGGUUAAACAUCGUCGAAUACAUACGGGGGAAAAACCUUACGUUUGCGAAGAGUGCGGGAAAAGCUUUAGUAUCCGUUCGACCCAUACCCGACAUCGGAAAACCCAUACGGGCGACAUGCCCUACGCUUGCCGCGAUUGCGGGAAGCAUUUUAUAUGGAGUUCGGCUUUAAUUCGUCAUCGGCGGAUCCACACCGGCGAGAAACCCUAUAAGUGUCCCGAUUGCGGGAAGAGUUUUAGCGAGAAUUCGACGUUGCUCCGGCAUCGACGGAUCCAUACGGGCGAGAAAUUCUAUAAGUGCGCUCAAUGCGGGAAGAGCUUCAACGAGAGCUCCUCGUUGAUGCGUCACCAACGCGUCCACACGGGUGAAAGACCCUACCGGUGUCCCCAGUGCGGGAAGAGCUUCGUGGACAGCUCGACCCUCAUCUGUCACCAACGGAUCCAUACGGGCGAACGACCCUACGCCUGCCCCGACUGCGGGAAGAGCUUUGCCGAGAGCUCCACGCUCAUCACCCAUCAUCGUAUCCAUACGGGAGAGAAACCCUAUACGUGCCCCGAUUGCGGGAAGAGCUUCAGUCAAAGCUCCAACUUGGUGACCCAUCAACGUAUCCAUACGGGGGAACGACCCUAUAGCUGCGCCCAGUGCGGGAAGAGUUUUUACCGGAGCUCGGAUCUCGUCCGUCAUCACCGGACCCACCUCGGUGAGGCACCCAACACCUGCCGUGAAUGCGGGAGGAGCUUCCGUUGCCGCUCGGCGUUGGUGAACCACCAUCGCAUACACACGGGCGAGCGACCCUUCAGCUGCCAGGAUUGCGGACGCCGCUUCAACCGUCGCUCCAACCUGACCACCCACCGACGCAUCCACACCGGUGACAUGCCCUACAAGUGUCCCGACUGCGGGAAGAGCUACCGCGUCAGCUCCACCCUCCUACGGCAUCAGAAGACGCACACAGACGAACGACCUUACCGGUGCGAGGAAUGCGGGAAGAGCUUCAGGCAUAGAUCGACGUUGACCAUCCAUCACCGCGUGCAUUCGGGGGAGAGGCCCUACAAGUGCCCCGAGUGCCACAAGAGCUUCAAGAACAGCUCGGAGCUGGUGCGGCAUGGGCGGACCCACACCAGCGAGCGACCCUACGAUUGCUCCCAAUGCGGGCGACGUUUCGGCGACAGCUCCCAACUGGUGCGGCAUUGGCGGACCCACACCGGCGAGCACAAGCAUUCCGACCCAACCUGCGGGAAGAGCUUUUCCAACCGUCCCAGGCUCGCCAAGCACCAACAGGUACACACCGGUGAGAAGGAUUACCGCUGCCCCGACUGCGGCAGAGGCUUCAACCGUCGCUCCAACCUCCUGGUUCACCAGCGGUCCCACCUGGAGCAGAAACCCUUUAUUUGCCUGGAUUGCCCCAAAAGCUUCACCAGCAGCACCCAACUCAUCCAGCAUCGGCAGAUCCACAGCAAGGAGAAGCCUUAGGGUUACGCCGAGCGCAGCAAGAGCUUUUGGCGCAGCUCCGGUCUCGUCUCGCAUCGCAAGAGGCACCAGCCAAAGACGGGGGCCACCCCACCGGGGACCAUCCCCAUCCUGGUGGCAUCUCAGACCUACCUACGCGUCACGGUGGUCCCUGGCGGUAGCACCGAGGGGUAACCAACCCAUCCACCCGCAUCCCACCAGCUAUUAUUUUUCUUUCCCUGUAUGUUUUUAUAUGUAAAGGGGUUUUUUGGGGAGGUGGUUUUAAAAGAAGACACCCCCAUCCUCUGGUUUUUUUGCCUUAGCUUAUAGAUGAGGGGAAGGGAGGGAGGGGAAACCCAUGAGCUUCACCCAAGAAAAAAGAAAUCACGGUAAAAUGGGUUUUUUCUAGAUGUCUCAGUUCAAUUUCUUUAUUUUUUUCAACCCUAUUUAGGGUCUUUUUAAGGGAUGGGGAGGGAUCAAAAGAAAACCACAGCCAAAAUAAAAGCAUUUGCGUG